AUGACGAGGUUAGGGUUCCACCUGAAGUGGAAACUAUCAAUGCAGACAAGGUACCUCAGGAAAUACAAGAUGCGUAUGAGAGCCCGAUAUGUACUAGUGUCUCAGACAAAAAAGAAGUUAAGGAUAAAAGUGAUUGCAUUUCCCACCUGAAAGACAUGUUUCCGAACACAAGUAUCGAAACAUUGCAAAAUUCGUAUGCAAAUAAACAAGGAAAUGUGUCUGAGGUGGUUGAUGAGCUGAUUGGAGGAUGGGAUGGGCAAUUGGAAGAUUAUUUUCCUGAUUUUGAAACAAUGAUGGAGAAUAUUGAUGCAGAUGAACCACUAAAUCUUGCUGAACAUCUUCAAAAACUAGCACCCACAAAAAUAACUCCUCAAAGAUUAUCUGUUGAUCGUGGUAGCCUGUUUAAAGACAGUGUGUCAUUUUUCAAAAAGUCAAGUUUCGAUUUUGACUCCCCAGUGAAAAUAGUAUUUGAAAACGAGCCUGCAAUCGAUGGAGGGGGUCCUAGGAGAGAAUACUUUACUCUCUUAUUGAAUUGCUUGGUUUCUCCUAGCAAUUUUGUACGACUGUUUGAAGGAAGUGAAGCCCGAUUACUACCAAUGCAUAAUACAGAUGCAUUAAGGGCCAGUCUUUAUAAAGUAGCUGGAAGAAUUAUUGCAACAUCCAUUUUUAAUGGAGGUCCAGGCUUUCCAUUUUUAUCCCCUGCAAUCUAUUCAUACCUAAUUUCAGGCUUAAGUCAGGAUAUUGACAUUGUGAAGGAGGAUAUAGCAGACAUAGAUAUUAGAGAUAUUGUAACACAGAUUGAUUCCUUAGAUAACUUUGAAAAUAUUCCUGAUCAAAUCCUUGAUGCACUUGUGGAAACUGGUUUUACUAAAAAAAUCACCAAAGAGAAUAAACUUGAAGCUAUCACAAGCAUAAUGCUGAACACAGUGAUCUUAAUGCGUAAAGCUGAGCUUGAUCAAUUUGGUCAAGGUCUUGGCCCAAUACUAAAUGAAGCACAGAAGCAUCCUGAUGUUUUCAAGCCCUUGUUUGUUCAUUGUUGGUGA